GAUCCCGCGCUGGUUUACGAACACGGAAAUGAGCCGGAAACGGAAAGAAUAUUUCGCGCCAAAUUGAAACAAUGGAGCAGUAACUCUUCAGUCUUCUUACGGACCCGCCGGCGAGACACAAACCCACGAGCACCUCUUCAAACGGUUCAGUCGCCACCUCUCGGACAAGUUGAGCGAACAUGGAGGAGGCCAACAAGCUAAUCGGCUCCGGCAAGAAGCACCUGGUGAUGGGCAAAGUGGUGGAGGCGGUGAGCGCCCUGCAAGAGGCCUGCGGCAUGCUAGCUCAAAAGUACGGAGACACGGCAGACGAGUGUGGAGAGGCCUUCUUCUGGUGUGGCAAAGCGCUGCUGGAUUUGGCACGGAUGGAGAACUCUGUCCUCGGUAAUGCUCUGGAAGGGGUACCGGAAGAUGAAGAGGAGGAUGAAGAAAAACCCAAGGACUCAAAUGUUGACUGUACUGAAAACAUUGAUGAGAAGACCAGAGAUGAGCUGAGGGUGCAGGUCUACGACGCCAUGGCAGAAAAGAAUGACGACGCCGAGGCGAAGAAAGAUGAGAGUGACGACGCCAAGGCGAAAGAUGAGAAAAACAGCGACGCCGAGGCGAAGAAGGGGGACGUCGAGGCAAAGAAGGGGGACGCCGAGGCGAAGAAGGGGGACGCCGAGGCGAAAGAUGAGAAAAACAGCGACGCCGAGGCGAAAGAUGAGAAAAACAGCGACGCCGAGGCGAAAGAUGAGAAAAACAGCGACGCCGAGGCAAAGAAGGGGGACGCCGAGGCAAAGAAAGAGAGAGGCGGCGACGACGAGGUGAAGGAUGAGAAAAACAGCGACUCUGACAAAAAUGAAGACGAGGAAGCAGAGGAAAAGUCGUCGGAUGAGGAAAAGGAAAAAGACGUUGAGGAGGAUGACGACGACGAUGAGGAAAUGGAGGCGGAAGAGCAAGGAGACGAUGGAGCUGCUGAAAAAGAAAGUGACGAGGAGGAGGUGGGGAACCUGCAGCUCGCCUGGGAGAUGUUGGAAGUUGCCAAAGUCAUCUACAAAAGAAAAGAGAAUAAGGAGGAUCAGCUCAUGGCGGCCCAGGCUCACUUGAAACUGGGUGAAGUUUCUUCUGAAUCAGGAAAUUACACUCAGGCGUUGGAGGAUUUCCAGGAGUGUCUGAAGCUGCAGGUGAAGCACCUGGACGCAGACAGCCGCCUGCUAGCUGAGACUCACUACCAGCUGGGCCUGACCUACAGCCUGGACGUCCAGUACGGCCGGGCCAUCGAGGAGCUCAGGAGCUCCAUCUCCGUCAUAAAGAGCCGACUGGACAAACUGCAGGCGCUGCUCGACAAAGCCGAGGGCCCCGACGCGCUGCCAGAGGAGAGGAAGGAGAUGGAGGAGCUGCAGGCUCUGCUGCCAGAGAUUGAGGAGAAAGUGGAGGACGCCACGGAGGGCCUGAAGAUGACCAACGCUGCUGCUGAGGACGGGACGGGUGCACCGGGCGGCGCCUCGACCUCUUCCGCGUUGCCCGUCUCCACCGUGAAGAGCGCCGACUCGUCGUCCAGCUCAGCGUUUGACGUCACGUCGACCAGCGCAGUCGGCUCCACAAAUGGACACGCCUCCAAAGCACCGGCGUCAGACAUCUCCCACCUGGUCAGGAAGAAGAGGAAACCAGAGGAGAGUCCAGUGAAGGAGGGCGCUGUGAAGAAGGUGAAGCAAAACGAUGGCGAUUCCAGCGACAUUCACAAAGCCAACGGAGACACAAACGGACACGCCGACAGUACGGAGGUCAAGAGUCAGUGAAGAUGCGACGAGUUGCCUCCACCCAAGAAGAGAUUCACCUCACGUGAACGUGACGGCCGCCAACUGUCGCUCCACCUGUUUGCUGCUGUAGAUAUGCAUCUUUUUCUAUGCCUGUUGUGAUGUCAGUAUGUACCCUUUAAAGUUCAAUAAAGUGAUUUUGAUAAACCUUUUGGAUGUCCUCAGUCAGGCCAUCUUCAAUAAUUAGACAAGCAACACAAUUCUGCUCCAGAAUAUGUGACCAUCACAGG